AUGAGACUUCUCUAAAAUUAAUCAGAUAGCUCAAUUAUUUCAAGAUACUAAAAGCCAAAACCUGUGCUACCUGAAGUUAAAAAUUUCUUAGCAGAGGAUUCUAUAAUUUAGAAUUUGCAGCAAAAGCCUUUAAACUAUGAUUUGAGUAGUAUUAUGCCAAAGAAAAUAGAAAAUAAAUAAGACAAAGAGUUCAAGCCUUUUUUUAAUGAGAGAGAUAGACUUGGGAGACUGCUUUAAAGGCCUAAGAAUGUAAAUACAUCUACUUAAAAUAAUGAAUCGACCCUUGGCUUGUCAAAGAGUUUAAAAACAGCAAAUAUAAGUGAUACUUAGUUUCAAAACAUAAGUAGAGAUACCAAUACAAAUAAUUCUAAAAAGCUUUAAAAUAGAGGCUCGCUUCAACUUAAUACAGUAGCUAUUAUGCAUCUCAACGAGUUCUACUAGCAAACAAAUGAUUAGCAAAAGAAGGUCUUUUAAAAUUAUCAGAAAUUUGAUGAAUUAAUUGAAGAUUAAACCGGAUUGCUAAAAAUAAACACUGAAGAAAACGAAAAUAUAUCCUAAAUUUCCAUGAAAGAUAAUACAGGAGAUAAUACGCACAGUAAGAUACCAUUAGAUGAAACUGUUAAUGAUAAAACAUCUAAAAUUUAGAAGUCAAUAAAUUAUUCUAUGAUCAAGGAUUAUAGUCUUUUCUAAUAACUAAAAGAGUUUUGUAUAUUAUAUUAAAAACAAGAAAACAUAACUCCUGAAGCAGAUUAGUUAAUGAAAAAUAUAGCAAAAAUGUAUACUGAAAAAAAAAAGAGAUAUUAAAUUUAAAAAUAAAAGGUGAGCUUACCUAGUAUUGGCCAAUAUGAAAUAACAAAAUCUGAUAAUCUUAUAUUUCGAAAAAGUCCGAAUACGAUUAUCUGUAAAAGUAAUUUAUAAAGUUUAAAAAAAUAGCCUAAAGAUAGUCUAGAGGUAUUUAUGCAGGGAUAAGAAUAGAGAAAAUAGAAGCUAUCUAAGCCAUAAUAAUAUUUUUCUUCUUUAAAAAACUCAAGGAAUUAGUUAGAAGAAGAAGAUACAACUUUACCAUAUUUAAAAAUAAGAAAUUUAAAAGUAGAUUAUCAAUCCACAUAUAUAGAUGAAGGAAAGUUAUUAGAUUAAAUGAACUAAGAAUUUUAUAAAUACCCUUAGGAGUUUGCAUACAAAUUAAAAAUAGCUUAGUAAAAAGUAUAAAAAAUAUAAAAUGAUUUAAAAACAUGGGAUGAAAGAUACAAAGAAAAAAUGUUUGAAAAACCUAAAGAUUUAAUGAAUUCUUUGUGA